AUGUUGCAAGAUCAAGCAGCAACCUCUGGGAAUAUUCCCUCCUGUGCACAUGGCAAGUGUGCUCAUGGUGCUUGCAAGAGACAUGCUGCGAACACCCUUGUAUUGGUGCAAGGAGCUCAUCUCGCAACCAAAGAGUUCUUGUCUUCACCUGAUGCCAAUCGGCGUAAGGUCGCUAAGAAGGUCCUCCACAAUCAGGACAAGUUUCUGCGUCACAAACAGCUCAUAGGUCGGAGCAUAGAAGACUAUCCCCGCUCUUCCUUGAUGAGAGUUGGUCGUCGUUCCUUGAGUGAUGCACUAUAUAAGAUGGAGCACAGACCCCUCAUGGGCAGGUUGAUCGGCCCUCAGUAG